AUGAACUUCGACCUCAGCACCCUCGAUCGGCUUGUCACCGAGAAGAAGAGUUCUGAAUCCAAGUCCACGAAGUUCGUUCCCCGUGCUGGUGUUCGAGCGGUGAGCGACCAGGCACUCCAGUCGCCACAGAUAGCGGCCGCGACGCCCGUGGCAGGCAGCCCAGACCCCUCGCCCGCGCAUCUGGCGCUGGCGCUGCGCAGCCACGUGCAGGCCCUGGCGGGGGAGGAGCUGACGGCGGAGAAGGCGCGCACCAUGUCCCUGCGGGCGGUGGUGGCCUGGGGCAACAUAGCGGCCGCGACGCCCGUGGCAGGCAGCCCAGACCCCUCGCCCGCGCAUCUGGCGCUGGCGCUGCGCAGCCACGUGCAGGCCCUGGCGGGGGAGGAGCUGACGGCGGAGAAGGCGCGCACCAUGUCCCUGCGGGCGGUGGUGGCGGUGGGCGCCGACGGCCGCAUCGUCAUCGCCGAGGCCAGCCUGACGGUGCAGGCGCAGGAGCGGGUGGAGAACCGGCGGGUGGUCACCGACGAGCACUUCCGCCUCAACUCCUACACCUACGCCAACCGCCUGCACAACGAGCGCUGGGGGGCUGAGGACACCGAGCUCUUCUACAAGGCACUCAGCCAGUUUGGGACGGACUUCACGCUGAUCAGCCACCUGUUCCCCGGCCGGCAACGGCCCCACCUGAAGAACAAGUUCAAACGGGAGUCCAAGGUGAACCCGCGGCGUGUGGAUGCGGCACUGAAGGCCAGCGCAAGCGCGACCGCCACCAGCUACCAGCCGCUCAGCUCCCCGGAGCAGGCGGCACUCAGCCCUGGGGAGCAGCAUACGAGCAUCCUAGAACCUGUCGAUCCCCAGAAGGCCUGA